GUAUAGGUAGUAGGUGCAGUACAAAGUCAUACGGUACGUACGGUUCUCACACUCGGAGAUGGCAGACAGAAAAAAAGCACAACGACGAAAUGGCGUUGUGGCAAUUUUUCGUUUUCUCGAUCGACAAAACAAAUCCUACUACUUAUUUUUGCAAUCCUUCGUUCCGGGAAAAGGCAAUCGAACAAAGGCCAACGGCAACAUCAAAACCAGCGCCAGCGCCAUCCCCAACGAUAGACCGCGAGCCGAGCAACGAGAGCGGCCCGUCCCGUCCCAGUACAGCCCAGCCCGGCACAACGCAUUCCACAACCACAACCGCUGCAACGGAUCCCUUUCGCUCCAACACAACCUUCCUCGUUCCCCCCCCCCACCACCCACCCAUGGCGCUUCCGAACCCACCACCGAGCGGGUCCCGGACGCGGCGAGGGAAGUACUCCCUCUUGAGCCGCCGGGCGGUGUGCGCGAUCCUGUUCGCGUCGAUCGGCCCGGGGACAGGAACACUCGCUGCCUCGGCCACCGCCUCGUGCGAGGCAACGACAGCAGCAGCGGCGGCGGCCGACUACGAGCGGGCGUGCCUCCUGGACCCCCUGUCCCUGUUUCGGGCCAGCGCCGGUUCGUCGUCUUCCGGUUCGCCGACCCCCUGCCUGGAACGGGAGAGCUUUGGGGCCUUUGUGCUGGUGGGCGCCGGAGGAGCUGCCGCCGGCGAUGAUAGUGACGACAACAACGAGGCCGACGCCGGCGAUUCCCCCGCGGCUUCCGGCCCCGCCUGCACCAACCUCGACGGCGACGAGGAGUGCGAGGCCAUGGCCGCUCCGGUUGUUCGUGCCCCCGGAAACCCCCUCCCCACGCACCAGUGCCUGAUGAAUCCCUCCUACAUGCUCGAGCGCUGCGCCAGGAGCUGCUAUUCCUGUUUUGCUCUCGGGGGAGACGACGGAACCGAACCCGGGGCAGAGUGCGGACAACAGCAAGAACAAGAACAAGAACAACAACACGAAACAAGGGUGUCCAUCGGCGUGGGGCAGGUCCUCCCGGAGGCCUCUUCGGUCAGGGGCACCGAGGUAUUGGAAGACUGGGAGGAGGAGCUGUCGAGGAGGGGGCUUCCCUCCUUCGAAAGAGCGUGGGCCUUGCUCACGGAGGAGUUCUAUUCCGUGGCCACCACCACCGCGGGAUACAUGGCCGGGACCGUUUUUGCCAACAACCACGACGGCAGCGACGGCGACAACGACGACGGCAACCACGAAUUCGACGACGACGACGAUUCUUUCGCUGCUUUUGCUGCUUCCCUCCACGGCUACGGGCCGGCCCGCAGGAGCUGCCGGAACUACGACCCCCUCUGCACCUUUCGGGUGGCGAUGGCCCGGGUCCUCGACGGCCUCGGAGACGAAAACAAAGACGAAGACGGAGGGCCUUUCCAAAACUCGUACUGCAGCGGCGAGCCCCGGGCCGCGCAGCUCUGCGGGCCGGCCUGCGGGGCCUGCCACGAGCUCGUCCUCACCGGGUCCGAGCUGCAGACCUACGAGGACUGUCUCACGAACGAGACCCUCGACGCCUUUGUCGAAUCCAAGGAAGACGACGAAAACGACGAAGACCAAGACGAAGAAAACCCCCCACAACCAUACAACAACGUCUCGAACGGCAGGACCAUCGACGACCUCUUUCGCCGGGUCCUGGGGGAACUCCCCUACGGCGACGGGGAGGACCGGAGCGGCCUGACCUACACGCCCACGGUCCUCUCGCGGCCCUCCAUCGACGUUCACAAGCACUCCAACAGGCCCCUGUCCGAGGUCCUGUCCAAUGGCAACGGCGAUGGUCCCCCGGUCCUGCUGGGGGGCCCGUGGAUCGUGGUCCUGGACGGAUUUCUGACCGACGAGGAGUGCGACGCCCUGAUCCAGCAGGGGGACUCCAUCGGUCGGGAGCAAUCGACCAUGUCAGUGCUUUUGUGUUGUGUUGUGUUGCGAUGUGUUGCGAUGUGUUGUAUUGGUACACCAAACUUCCCGGAUGCUCGCUAGCUACAAAUGUUUCGUCUUGUCUUUUUGGUCGACGCGAUGAUCUCUCUUUCCCCCUUUACCUCACCGCGUUUGGUUUGGUUUGGUUUGGUUUGUUUCGUUUCUUUUCUUUCGGCCCUUUUUUCCUUGGUGCUCCGAGCAGCGAAGACGACCUGGAGGACGAGGAGGAGGAGCAGGAGGAGAACGGUGACAGCGAGAGCGAGCCCGAGCCCGAGUGGAGGACCUCUACCACGGCCUGGUGCCAGGAGAGCUGCGUGGACGAUCCGGUCGUCCAGCGCAUCCAGCGCAAGAUCGGGCUGACCACGGGCGUCCUCGACGAGGACUACUACGAGAACCUCCAGGUCCUCCGGUACGGUGAGUAGUUUCGGAAUGCGGAAUACAACACGGAAACAAAGCGCAACGCAGCGAGAGAGACAGAGAGAACGAGUGCCGGAUGCACACGAGAAUGCAUGGCUUGUGACCCGUCUCUGACCGGUUUGUUGCAUGCCUGCCUGCCUGACUCUUGUUGUUGUCUUGCUCACGGAUUGGUGGCUUUUUCUUCCGUUCCCUUUCCCCGGUUCCCUUUCCCCAACCACGCCCGCAGUUCCCGGCCAGUACUACAACGAACACCACGACGAGGAGGGCGACCAGCACGACGAAAAGUUUCUCCCGGACGGCCCGCGGGUCCUCACUUUCUUCCUAUACCUCAACGACGUCGAGGACGGGGGCGAGACCCGCUUCACGGACGUCCUUGGGGACGGAACGGGCGUCUACGUCGAUGUGAAGCCCAAAAAAGGCCGGUCCCUCCUCUGGCCGUCGAUGCUGUCCGGAGACCUCCUGGCCUACGACGUCCGGACCUUCCACGCGGCCCUAGAGGUCCGGAAGGGGACCAAGCACGCCGCCAACGCCUGGCUCCACCUGCGGGACUAUAGGAACUGCCCCUGCGCCUAUGACGACCUGGAGGAACUCAAGGAAAAGCUCCUCGACGACGUCAUGGUCAAGUAAGACAAGCAAGAACCGAGGGAAGACUCCGGCGCAACGCAACGCAACUCUGACGGGGGGGGGUGGAAAGAAAAGGAAAGCAAGGCAGAGGAGAGGAGAGGAGAAGAAACAUCAAUUCGAUGC